AUGCGUUCCCAUAUUUUGUCGCUCUGCGCUUUCAGCGCCACAUUAAUUAGUGCCUCAACCGCCGGUCUCGGCUGCUACGACGAGUCCGCCUUCAAGCCCGAGGACAUCAUUCAACCUGAUGUCCUCGUCAUUGGAGGUGGAGCCACCGGCACAUACGCCGCCGUCCGUCUUCGGGACCAGAACAAGACCGUGGCCGUCGUCGAACAAACCCCACUGCUCGGAGGUCACGUCAACACCCUCCACCCCGUCACUGGCGAAGUUAUCGAGUAUGGCGUGCAGGCAUACAUUCAGAAUGACCAGACGACACAAUUCUUCGCGCGUUUCAACGUCCAGCUGAACAACUCUGCCCUGUCUCCUUUCCCGAGCAAGAUUGUGGAUUUCAAGACUGGAUUCGUCGUCCCCAACGCUACCGCCGUCGACCCCAACACCCUCGUCGGACCUCUGGCGAACUACCUCUUCGCCACCCUCAACUUUGAAUUCUUGGCUGAGGGCUACUACGACCUCCCCAAGAAAGUCCCCGAGGACCUGUUGAUUCCCUUUGGCCAGUUCGUCCAAAAGUAUAACCUGACCGACGCUGUCCCGGUAGUCUGGAUCUUCGCCAACGGUGUCGGCAACCUUCUCGAGACCCCGACGAUCUAUGUCUUGCAGAAUUUCGGCCAGGCCCAAAUUAAUGGCCUCGCAGCCGGCUAUAAGUACGCCCUUGGAGGCAACCAGCAGGUCUACGACAGGGCUGCCGCUUUCCUCGGAAGCGACGUCUUAUUUUCCAGCACUGUCGUUGCAUCCAAGCGCACUGAUGAUGGCGUCAAGGCCGUUGUUGCCACCCCCACGGGACGCAAGCUCAUCAAAGCCAAGAAGCUCCUCAUCACUAUUCCCCCUACCGUCAAGAACCUCGCGCCCUUCGACCUCAACGACCAUGAGAUUUCCCUCUUCAAGCAGUGGAAAAACGUUCCGUACUUUGUUGGAGUUAUUAAUGACACUGGUCUUCCUGACCUGACCAACUUCGACAACGUCGAUAUCACCGCGCCUGAUGCCCUUCCGUCAGCGCCCUUCGUCUGGCGUCUGGAGACUGUUGGCAUCCCCGGCUACCAGGUCGUCAAGGUCAUCGGCGAGGCUGACUCCACCAAGGCUCAAGCCUUGGUCAUCGACGCCGUCCGCAAGGUUGGAGCUUCGUUAAACAGUACCUCUGCCACUGGUGUCAAUUUCGUUGCGUGGCAGGAGCACGCGGACCUCGGGCUCCAAGUCUCAACAGAGUCUAUCGCGGGUGGGUUCUACGGCGACUUGUACGACCUUCAGGGUAAAAGAAGCACAUUGUUCACCGGCAAUGCUUGGUGCUCUGACUAUUCUCCCUUGCUCUGGCAUUACACGGAGGAGAGAGUUCUUUCCCAUCUGUAA